CUCACAAAGGACAGCUUUUAAAUAGCAACGCAUCAUACAAUAAGCCAAUAGUAUUGAAGAUCUCGCCACCCUCUCUUCUCUACUUUGUUUUACAGAGGCAGAGACAGAGAGUGUGUAAAGAAACACACACACAUACCCCUCUCGCUUUUUCUUCACCAAAACCAUCUGGUUAUCUCUAUUCAUCGAAUAUUCCAAUACCUUUUUUCUCUUUCCUCUCUACAGCUACCAUUUUUUAUUUUUUUGUUUGUUCAUAUUCUCACAAAUAUUCGUUUCUUGGUUAUUUAUUUUGAUGCCCACUUUAUAAAGUUGAGAUUUUUGAAUACCCAUUUGCUUAGAAUCGUUCUUUUCCUUCUCAAAAUUCCGACUUUUCUAAUUUUAUAAGCAAAAGCGUUUCUGGGUAUUUUGAAAAAACCUGAGGAGAGUAACUCUGUUUGGUAUUCAUGGGUAGAAGAGAACUGCCAAGUGUUAUAAAGGGUAAUAAAGAUGUUGUGGUUUUGAGUUCUGGAAUUAAUAUUCAAUGGAGUCCUCAAGAGGGUAGUUUUCGUUCUGGUGGCUUAUUUGCAAGUGUUGGUCAAGCAGGGAUGGGGGUUGGGAUUCCACCAAAUCCUACGAAUACUAAAGAUAAUGGGGUUAAGUCUCUCUAUAGCACUUCACACAUGAUGUUUGUGCCAAUGGUCGGACCCGGGCUUAGGUUUAAUGAGAUUUCGGAUAUGACGUUUGAGGCAGUGGAUGUUGGAGUGGAAUUGCUGGUGAAGAAGAUAAAAAAGGGUGGUCCUAAACUGAAAAUUAAGGUUGGUAAUGCAUCACUGAGGAGGUUGAUCAGUGGGGCAGUCGCGGGUGCGGUAUCAAGGACUGUGGUUGCACCACUGGAGACAAUAAGGACUCAUUUGAUGAUUGGGAGCUUGGGACACUCGACAACUGAGGUAUUUCAAAAUAUUAUGGAAAUUGAUGGAUGGAAGGGCUUGUUUAGGGGCAAUUUUGUUAAUGUGAUCCGGGUUGCUCCAAGCAAGGCUAUUGAGUUAUUCACUUUUGAAACAGUUAAGAAGCACUUGACUCCAGAACCUGGGAUGCAGCCCCAAAUCCCUAUUCCUGCCUCAUUAAUUGCAGGUGCUGUUGCUGGAGUUAGCUCUACCUUGGUUACAUACCCACUUGAGCUACUCAAAACCCGAUUAACUGUCCAGAGAGGAGUGUACAAGAAUAUGUUGGAUGCACUUAUAAAAAUUGUGCAAGAGGAGGGGCCUGCAGAAUUGUAUAGAGGCCUCACCCCAAGUGUAAUUGGCGUCAUCCCAUAUGCUGCAACCAAUUAUUAUGCUUAUGAUACAUUACGGAAAGCUUACAAGAAAGCUUUCAAGAAGGAGGAAAUUGGGAGUAUUAUGACUCUUUUAAUUGGAUCAGCAGCUGGUGCAAUCUCCAGUACUGCAACUUUCCCACUUGAGGUGGCUCGCAAGCAUAUGCAGGCUGCUGGAGCUAUCAAUGGGAGACAGUAUCAAAGCAUGCUUCAUGCUCUCGUGAGCAUAUUUGAAAAUGAAGGGCUUCCAGGUCUGUAUAGAGGGUUGGGACCAAGUUGUGUGAAAUUGGUCCCCGCUGCUGGGAUAUCUUUCAUGUGCUAUGAGGCAUGCAAGAGGAUACUGUUUGAGAAAGAAGAAGAUGAUUAACCUUAGAAGUGGCAGACUUUAUUUUUACCUUUUUGAAUAAACAAUAGAUGGUUUGAGUUCUAACAGUUUCUAGAUAGGGAAAACUAAGGUUUAUUGUCGGCGAAAUUGGUUCACAGGUCACAUGUUACAUCCAUUUUGCAUUUCUUUUUAUUACAAGGAUGUAGCUCAAGAAUCUCCAUUUAAGAUAGAUUGAGUGAAUAUUUUUACAUUAUAAGUGUUUUUAGAAUUGCCAAUUUGUUUCA